CACAGUUCCUGAAGAACACACACACACACACAGAAAUCGAUCUUUCUAGGGUUUCUACCAUAAGCUCACCCUCUAUCUAUCUACACAGUCACGCACGCAAAUACAUCUAUCUGAUCACUCGACUUCUUCGAGCUCUUCACUUAUCAUUAGGUGACUUUUGGAGGUCUGUCUAAUUUGUUUUCUAAAGCUAUACUUUCGUGCAUGUGUCCUAAUUUUCGGUAGUAUCAGCCCUUGAUCUAGGAAAGGCAGGUGGUUCAGAUGGAUCAUGUUCCCCAAUCUAUGGGGUUGCCACUGUCAGGGAUGCAAAUAGGAAUGAUUGGCCAUGUAGCGAACAAUCCUGAAUCACAGCAUUUUUCUGUAUCAAAGGAUCAAAUGGGUUUUGUGGAGGCAAUACCUAGUAAUCCUGCCUUCAAUACUUUAGUGGCACCAAAUAAUCGAGUGGGACAUGUCGAAUCUUCAGCUGGCAGUAUGGGGUUGAGCUCAACCUGGAUAUCAAACCAGCUAGGUCGUGAAGAUGCCAUUACGCUGAAUAAUAUGACAGGGCAGAAAACAACAUUUCCUUUAAAAAGAAAGGCUGAGAUGGGGCACAUGUUAAACAGUUCUAUUUCUCAGCAUGCACCAUUGCCUAACAAGCGCCCGGCACACUUGGGAGCUGAUGUCAGUUCACUUGGGUUUCUGCAGCCAGUUGUGUCUGAGAGGAGAACUGGACCAGUGCAACCCAAUCCGGGGUCUCCAUCUUUACAGGCUCAAUCCUCGUUGAAUAAGAAAAUGGUGCGAAAUGACUCAAUAUCUGGAAAAUCUGGCUUACAGCGUGGGCAGCCUGGAAGAAAGCAAACUACUCAAAUGGAAUCAGCAUCCAAAUCUCGGUCUGAGUCAUCUGAAGCAGUAAGGUCCAAAAUGAGGGAGUCUCUAGCUGCUGCACUGGCUUUGGCAUAUCAAAAGCCAGAUAAUGUCCUAAAUACUGAGAAAGAUCAGACUGAUCCUACUAUCACUCAUGAGAAGCCCUUGGAUUCCAAGGCUUCUGGUUCUGAGGAAAUGCUACCUUCAAAAGAAUUGCCUGUAGUUGGUACAACCAAUGAUUCUCAGGCGUUGCCUUCUCGGCUUCCUCCUAAUGAAAGCAGCUUGAAUGGUACAAGUAACUUUCAGGAAUUCCAGUAUGGUCCCAUUUUGCCUGAUGAGGAUGUUCAAUUUAGUGACAAUUUUUUCGUUAAAGAUGAUCUUUUACAGGGAAAUGGACUUUCUUGGGCAUUUGAUUUUGAUAUGCAGAUGCGGGAGGGGAAGGAGGCUCAAAAUGCCAAUAAGCCCCAGUCUGUGAAGGAGGAAGACAGCGGGCACAAAGAUAGAGGCGAGGUAGCAUUUUUUACACCAGAGAAGUUGGCUUUCAAAAUUGAAGCUGAACUUUUCAAACUAUUUGCUGGUGUCAACAAAAAAUACAAAGAGAAGGGUAGGUCUCUUUUGUUUAACCUUAAAGAUCGAAAUAAUCCAGAGCUGAGAGAAAGAGUCAUGUCUGGUGAAAUAUCACCAGAACGGUUGUGCUCUAUGUCAGCUGAAGAACUUGCUUCAAAAGAAUUAUCAGAGUGGCGCAUGGCAAAAGCAGAAGAGAUGGCACAAAUGGUAGUUUUACCAGACACAGAAGUUGAUAUGAGGCGUUUGGUUAAGAAAACCCACAAGGGUGAAUAUCAAGUAGAAUUCGAGCGUGAUGAGGGCAUUGUUGAUGAGGUUUCUGGUGGUACUUCUAUGCUAACACAACCUCAACCUAAAACCGAAACUCAAUCUCCUACCAAGGCAGGUCUUAAAGAUGAAGAGAAUGGUUCAGAAAACCAGGAUUUUUCAGGCAGUCUGAUUAUUCCGACCGAUGGGACUGAUUUAAUGCAAGGAAUGAUGGUGGAUGAACUGAAGGACGUGGGACUUCUGCCUCCAGUUGUUUCGCUGGAUGAGUUUAUGGAGUCCCUGAAUUCUGAACCUCCUUUUGAAAACUUACCAGCAGAUGCAGUGGAGAAGAGUCCAAUAUCACAUGCAGAAAGGCCAAAAGUUUUAAACAACUCUCAGGCUGCUGAUCAAGAUCCGGGCUCUCCUAAUGAUACUUCCUCCAAAAAGGGUGAUGAUGUAAAGAAACAUGAAGUUGAUAUGAGUUUGAAAUCAAGUGGGAGUCCUGAGCAGAAAGCUCUCCCUAGUAUUGCAUCGGAUGUUGAGUAUAUAUGGGAGGGCAUUCUCCAGUUGAAUAUAUCAUCCUCGGUCACUGUCCGUGGUCUGUUUCGAAGCGGUGAGAAGACACCUGCAAUGGAGUGGCCAUCCUCGCUUGAGAUCAAGGGCAGAGUUAGACUUGAUGCUUUUGAGAAAUUUCUCCAAGACCUUCCUAUGUCUCGAACUCGUGCAGUCAUGGUUCUCCAGUUCGUUUUGAAGGACAAAUCAUCCGAGAAUCAGCGUUCUGACCUUGCUGAGACUAUUGAGUCAUACGUUGCGGAUGAAAGGCUGGGAUUCGCUGAGCCGGCUGCUGGUGUCGAACUCUAUCUGUGCCCACCUACGUCCAGGAUAGCCGAACUGCUAAACAGGAACAUGCCCAAGGAACCGCAUCUCGAGAGCGAUAAAUCUAUGGAAAAUGGACUAAUUGGUGUAGUUGUAUGGAGAAGAGCUCAUAUAAGCAACACUAUAUCACCUAAUUCAUCGUCACACAACAAACACAGCUUCAAAAAGCAACCUUUUGCUUCUAAUAAGGUUCAAGAUACAUCAAAUGUUAAUUUUAAUACCCCUCCUAGAGCUCCCGUUUCUGUGUUUGACAAUGUUUCACGUUAUAAACCCGAGCCCCAACCCGAAGAGGACGAUGAUAUCCCACCUGGGUUUGGCCCUAUGGCCGCUGCACGAGCAGCAAAAGAAGAUGACGACUUACCUGAAUUCACUUUUUCUGGUGGUCUGAACCCAUCUGUGCCUAGGAUUUCACCACAAAACUUGAGUCGAGUGAAAAUGACUCAACGCCCAGUGGAUCAAGUAAGAGAACUUAUUCAAAAAUAUGGCCAAAGUGGGACAAGUAGUACAACGACAGGGAGUUGGGUAGAUAAUAGGGGUCUUGGUAUUGAACCGUGGAAUGAUGAUGAUGAUGAUAUUCCAGAGUGGCGGCCACAAGCCCAGAAUCAAGGGCACAACCAACCAUAUCCGGUGGUUAAUGCUCACCGGCAGCCUGCGCACCGGCUGCCAAGUAAUCAACAUAUGGUGAAUCCGCAGUUGCCUGUGGGGCUCGCACGGCCACCUCCAGGUGGUGGUCAAUGGCUGCAGCCGCCUCGGCCCUUGCAUGGUGCAAGAUGGAGGCCGUACUAGUUAGGCAGAAACACAGUUUUGGUAGUAAUAAAUUUUGUUUAACCCACUAUGUAUCUCAACUAGUUCUUGCUUUUAGUUGUAGAACUUAGCUUUGUUGCUGAGAUUCCGACAGCUUUCAUCUGUCUUUUAACUCGAGAUUCCUAAAUCAGGUUCCUUUAA